AGACUCCCCACACAUGCUUGACAUACUGAGGUUUGGCUGAACAAGGAUCAGUCAAGUCACGAUGUGCGCUAGACUCCUCAACUUUUCCACCCCAGGAAUGGUCAUUCCGACACACAACUUGCGAAUCUUCAAUAGACCUGCCGAUCACUACCUCGAUCGGUCCUUUACCAAGAUUUUCAAACCAGAUCGAAGAAUGUGAUGUGCGGCGGGUUCCCUCAUGGCUCAAUAACCUGCAGGUACGCAAUAUGCAACGAGCACAUCACGUCAGUAUGUUAUGGAAUGUUGCCUCCGCCGGCCCCAGGAGAAGCCGACUCGCUCUUUUCUUCAGGACACGCAAUACGGGGCACUACCGUCACCACAGUACGUCGUAUUGUCUCCUUCGGAACAGGGAGCCCAUGCUCAUAGCGGUCCUUAGCUUGUCUUGGGUAAUAAUGGCAUAUUAUUCUCUUGAAUGUUUGUCAAAAAUGCGUGCCAUUGGCUUUGGGCUUGGAAAUUACGUCUUCUACGACAUAUUAAAUGGUGCCAUACACAAUAUAAACUCAAUGGUAAACAACCAAUCAUGGUCACGAAUGGUCAAAAUUAAGUAAGAGAAAAAGCGAAAACCGGCGGCCUUAGCUGCACAGGAG